UGCUCGAGAUGCCGCGCCGCGCCCCACCCGCGCCCUGCUGGCUGGUGCUCUGCCUGGCCGGCGCCGUCGUUGCGACGGCGGCGAGUCCCGCGCACCCCGCGCCCACCGCGCCCACCGCGCCCACCGCGCAGCCCCGUCUGCGACUGCCCCGCUCCACCUCCAACAGCUGGCUGCAGCUUGUCGCAGACUACGCUCGCAACAACAUGGAGUUCGGCGCAGACGGGCCGCAGUGGUCGCUGCCGGGAGUCACAGGCGCCAGGGGCCCGCUCAGAGCAGCGCGCGCGCCGCCGCAGCCCGCCAUCCUGCCCUUGCUCGUGCUGCCCAUGGAGGUGCCCGCCCAGCCACCGCCGCCCCAACCAGUUCCAGAAUGCCCAGUUGUAGUCGAGACGACUCACAAGGAAAACGUGAAAGACAAUUUCAACAGGAAAAGAGUUUCGAGUAACGGAUUCAAUGAUCUAGACGAAGAAUAUCCUCCUGGCCGAUCGCGAGGCCCACAGAAACCGGAUUUAGACAGGGAGCGGCCCACGGCAGAGCCCUCUUACGAGUUUAUCCCGGAGGUCAACACCGGCCCGCCGCCGACGUUCAACAAAGUGGUGAGCUCGCAAAAGCUGGUGGAGAUGUUCCGGUCGCAGACGCCAAGCGCGCCCUACGAGCCCCCUAUGAAGCUGUCGGGAGAAUGUAAAGCGACAUGUGUGCACGUGUGCAGGUGGGACGCGCAGAGCGGCGACGCGCGCGUGGACCACCACGGCGGCGCCGCAUCAACAUUCCGCACCAUAGCCGACAGCAACGUCUACCGCGUUGAGACGCACGUGGACCGCAGCGGUGAGCGGCCGCUGCGCCGUUGCGCCGUGGGCUCGGCCGAACGCGCCGCGCCAGAGGACCGCACGUUGCCCGUGCUGCCCGCCGAGUUGGACCAGUUCGUGUUCUCGGGGUACGUGGAGAGCGGCCGCGGCGAAGGCGGUGGCGUAGCGGAGCUUUGGCAACGCGUGGUGGCAGGACGCGCCGGGGAGGCGGGAGGCGCACGGAGCGAGGCGCUCACCGCACGACACGACCUGGUGCUGGCGCGCGACGGCGACCGCCUCGUGCCGCUCUCGUACACGGUGUCGGUGAACAGCUCGCUGCUGGGGCCCGACUGUGACGGCUACCACCACCAGUACAUCGAGGUCACCGAGCAGCAGCACAUGCCCAGUAUAUUCAAUUUAGAUUUGGACGAGGCGUGCGACCAGGUGGAGUACGUGAACGCCAGCGCGCCUGAUCCGCGCGCGCGUCUCGACCCGCUGCGCGAGUUCACGCUCCCGCGACGCGACCCUCGCUACGACCUCAAGUUCACCGAGUUUGUGCGCGAGAACGAGAGGAGGUACGCGGACGGCGCGGAGGAGGCGGUGCGCAAGAACCUCCUCGUGCAGAGCCACCGGUUCGUGUCGUCGGGCAACCGGCAAGGCGCCACAGCGCAGCUCGGCGUCAACUUCCUGUGCGACCGUCUGGACGCGGAGCUGGCGGAGCUGCGCGGCGUGCAGCCGGCGCCCGAGCUGCGCCGCGCCGAGCGCUUCCCGCACCCGCGCCGCCAGCUCGCCGCCGCCGAGGACGCGCUGCCCAGAAACUUUGACUGGCGACCGCGCGGCGCCGUCACGCCCGUCCGAUACCAGGGACAGUGCAUGUCGUGCUGGGCGUUCGCGGUGACGGGCGCGGUGGAGGGCGCGCUGUUCCUGCGCACGCGCCGCCUCGUGCCUCUCAGCGAGAAAUGCCUCGUCGACUGCGCGCACACACACGGAGCUAACGGUUGCGGGGGCACGUGGCCCAGCCGCGCCUACGAUUACAUCCGCGACCGCGGCCUGCCCGCCCUCGACGAGUUCACGCCGUACGAGCCUAAGGUGGACACUUGUGCCCGCCAGGAGCCCGUCACGCGCAUCAGCGGGCACGUCAACGUCACCGUCAACAGUGUUCCCGCUCUCAAGGUGGCGAUCCGGCGGCACGCGCCCACAGUCGUGAUCGUCGACGCGACCGCCAAGAGCUUCACCACGUACUCCAAGGGAGUGCUGUACGACGACCGCUGCGGGAAGUCGCGGCGACCGCUGAACCACGCGGUGCUGGCAGUGGGUUGGGGCGAGAAGCGCGGUGAGCCGCACUUCAUCCUCAAGAACUCGUGGUCGACAGCGUGGGGCGAGGGCGGCUACGUGCGCGUGCAGGCGCGCGGCAACACGUGCGGCGUGCUCAGCCAGCCCUCUUACCCGCGCCUUGAGCGCGAAGAUGUGCUGCGCACCCCGUCUGCCGCGCCCGCCGCGCCCGCCGCGCCCUCGCAACCUGCCGAACCCGAGGAUGUUUGAGUCGAGCGUCUCUAUGUGCCAUUUUUUGUGAUAAUAAAGAUUCUUUAUAAUUUAA